AUCAGCAGCAACAUCACUAACAUCAUCAACAUUACCAUCAAUAACAUCAUCAUCAGCAGCAAAUAUCAACAUCAUCAUCAGCAGCAGCAAUAUUUUCAUCAGCACCACCACGACUGUGAUGAUUAAUAGCAUAUUCAUUAGCGGCAUCAUUGCUAACAUCCCAUUCACAUCAUCAUCAUCACCAUCACCACCACCAUCAUCAUCACCAUCACCACCAUCAUCAUCACCAUCAUCAUCACCACCAUCAUCAUCAUCACCGUCAUAGUCACGACCACCGUCACCACCACCACCGUCAUAGCCACGACCACCGUCACCACCACCAUCAUCAUCACCACCACCGUCAUAGCCACGACCACCAUCAUCAUCACCACGUUGAUCUCUGGACUUCUCAAGCUGGACUCCACCAUCAGAACGAAGCCCAAUGACCUCCGCUUCCCGCGGGGUCCUCGUCAUUAGAGGAGAAGGUGGUGGAGGUGGUGGAAGUGGUGGAGGAGGAGGAGGGGGAGGCGGAGGUGGAGGAGGUGGCGGUAGAGGGGUUGCCUGGGGCAGAAUCGACGAGCGGAGUGGCCGAGGGAGCGUGGGAAGCAACGAAUUUGGUGGUGGCGGUAGUGGCAGUGGUGGCGGUGGUGGCAGUUACCACCACCACGACCACCACGCCGUCACGGGAGUGGUGGCAGCGAGCGGUGGCCCAUGGCGAAGCAGUCUCGCCUGCUCUGCAUCGCUCGUCGCCUUCGCCCUCAUGCUGCUGGCCAUCAACACGGACCACUGGGUCUACAAACGGGGCGUGUGCGGGCCACGGGACUCCUCUGCCUCCUCCACCUCAUCAUCAUCCUCCUCCUCCGCCACAUCAUCCUCGAGUCCAGCUCCCAACCUCCUCAACGCCACCUCCAGCACCACCGCCACCAUCGCCGUCACCACCGCCGCCACCAACGACCUCAAUAAUCCGAGGAGGGGCCGCCCAAAGCCAGAGUCGAACUCGAAUCUCAGCGGAAGCGCAGGCCCAACGCCGCUGGAGGCGAUGGCCCCCAGGCGUGACCGGGGCACCACUGCAGAUCGUCAGCGAGGCAGCCUGAAGGGCUUCGGACCGAGCAUCGAACCGGAACCCAGCGUGGAGCCGAUAGGAGGUGGUGGAGGUGGUGGAGGUGGUCGUGAAUUGACCGACAUCGUCACUUCGUCUGGCCGAGGAGGAGGAGGCGUCGUGACCGGAGUGAUCACAGGAGGAAGAGGAGGUGGUGGUGGUGGUGGUGGUGGAGGAGGUGGUGGUGGUGAAGUGACGAAGAAAGUAGGAGGAGCGGUCACAGGGAGAGGUGGUGGUGGGGGUGGUGGUGGUGGUGGGGGUGGUGGAGAGGUGAUGAAAAAGGGUGAGAGGAACGAGGUCACGGGAGGAGGAGGUGGAGCAGGAGGAGGAGGCAGAGGAGGAGGAGGUGGAGGAAGAAAAGAGGCGGUCAUGGUGAAGGUCCCAUCGGGGGUCGUAGCAAAUAGCCAGGGCAAGAGGGAGGAGGUGCUCAUGAAUUCGGGGUUGUGGAGGAGCUGCUGCCUUGAGGGCGCGUCCCAGGGCGCGUGUCGCCCCAUCGACGACGACGAGGAGGAGGAGCACGAGGCAGGGCCUGGGGAGCGCGUCCUGAAGGCGGUGCGUUCGUCGGCCGCGUUUCCGUCGCUGAGCGCUGCUCUGCUGCUCUCCGGCUGCCUCUGCUGCUGCCUUGGCGAGACUCGGGAUCAAUGGAGGCUCCUGCUCCUCGUGGCGGCCACAAUGCUUGUGUCGGCAGGUCUCUCCAACAUCAUCGGCAUGAUCGUCUUCAUCUCGGCCAGCGGAGGCGACCCGCAGAAAGGUGAUCCCAAGAAGGGUCUGCACCCCUACGGGUGGUCCUUCUACUCCGGGGCUCUGUCCUUCCUCCUAGCCGAGGCGUCCGGGGUGCUCGCAGCUCACGCCUACAUCGCUCAGCACCGCUCCCAAUCUCAAUAUCAGCAAGAGCAGCAGCAUCAGCAUCAGCAGCAGGAGCAGGAGCAGAACCACAUGCAUCAGCACCUGCAUCAGCAGCAGCUACAGCGUCAGCAUCACCAGCAUCAGCAGCAGAAUCAGCAGAAUAAUAAUCAUCAUCAUUAUCACCAUCUGCAGCAGCAGAAUCAGAACCACAAUCAAGCGCAUCAGUUGCAGAAUCAAAUCGUGCUGCCGUACCACCACCACUUGCAUCAGCAGCAGUAUCAGCAUCAGCAGCAGCGUCAACAACAACCGCCACCACCGCCGGCACUGCCACCACAACCGCUUCAUCAGCAGCCGCAGCUGUAUCCAGAUUCCCUGCUUCAACUGCAGCAGCAGCAGUUGCUUCAGACGCGGCUGCGUCAGGAGCAGCAGCAGCAGGUAGUGGAGGGCAACACGGAGGAAGUGAGCGCGGUGAUGACCAACAGACGGACAACGCCUGUGUAAUGCACGCGCACACACGUGUAUACACACACACCUGAACACUCACACCUGUAUACACACACCUGUAUACAUACACCUGAACACUCUCACACCUGAACACACUCACACACGUUUAUACAUACACAUCUGUAUGCACACACAUCUGAACACUUACACCUGAACACUUACGCCUGAACACACUCACACACGUUUAUACACACACACCUGAACACACUCACAUACGUUUAUACAC